AUGGUGACCACAAGGAAUGGUAAGUCGAAAGAAGUACCUGAGAAGAGUUCUGAAGAAGAAGACUUAUUGCUUGAAGUUGAUCUAGAGAUAAAAGAAAAUGAGGUUGCAAAUGAAGAGGUUACUAGUGAUGAAAAAGUGGUCAAAGAUAAAGUUAUUGAUCCAAAACCGGCCGUCAAACUGCCAUUCCCAACAAGAAAUAAGAAGAAAGGGCAGCAUGAGAAAAACUUUGAGAAGUUCUUGGAGAUGUUUAAAAAGCUUGAGCUAAACAUUCCGUUCUUGGAGGGUAUGAAGGUUCCGGUGAAAAAGAAGGAUCGAGGUUCUGUGACUAUUCCGUGUACCAUUGGAGAUAGAUCCUUCAAGAAAGCUCUAAUUGAUUUGGGAGCGAGUGUAAGUCUUAUGCCGCUAUCCAUCUAUAAGAGAUUGGGGAUAGAAGAUGAAGAGAUACCUAUCAUUUUGGGGAGACCAUUUUUAGAGACCGGGAGAUGUUUGAUUGACAUAGAAGAAGGCACAAUGACUUUGAAAGUGUAUGAUGAAGAGUUAAAAAUUGAUGUGCGAAACACCAUGAAGUACAAGGAUGAGGUUGCCACUAGUCAACAUAUUGAUACAAUUGAUCAAAUAUGUGAGAAGAAAAAUUGCUUGAUAACACAAAAAUUACCCUUGGAAAGGGUGUUGAGCUUAUCAAUUUUUAACGAAGAGGAAGUAGUUGACGAGAAAGAUAUGGAAGUAGUAGCCAUGAUGGAAGCAUCACCACCUUUUAAAGGUUAUCGACACAACCGGUGGGAAGAUUUAAGGAAACCCUUAGUGGAAGAAAAGAUAGAUGAACAAAAGAAGGGGACCGAAUUGAAACAACUACCGGAGAACCUCAAAUAUGUCUUCCUAGACACAGAGAGUAAGUGCUCGGCCAUCAUAAGUUCACAUCUAGAAGUUCUUCAGGAAGAUAAGCUUGUCAAAGUUUUAAAAAAACAUAAGAGUGCUAUUGGCUGGUCUAUUGAAUAUUUGAAGGGAAUAAACCCUACAAUAUGCAUGCACAAAAUUAUCAUGGAAGAUGAUCACAAGCCGGUUGUCCAACCUCAACGACGACUUAAUCCAGCAAUGAAGGAAGUAGUCAGAAAAGAGGUGGUUAAACUGUUAGAUGCAGGGAUGAUUUAUCCCAUAUCUGAUAGUUCGUGGAUAGCUGUUGCACCAGAGGAUCAGGAGAAGACCGUAUUUACAUGCCCAUUUGGUAUUUUUGCCUAUAGAAGGAUGCCAUUCGGGUUAUGUAAUGCACCAACAACUUUUCAGAGAUGCAUGCAAUCAAUCUUUGCGGAUAUGCUUGAGAAGCAUAUGGAAGUCUUCAUGGAUGAUUACUCAGUUUUUGGUAAGUCCUUUGAUAAUUGCUUGACUAACCUUGCUCUUGUGUUAGAAAGGUGCCAACAAACAAAUCUAAUCCUCAACUGGGAGAAGUGUCACUUCAUGGUGCGUGAAGGCAUAGUCUUGGGUCACAAAAUUUCCUUCAAAGGAAUAGAAGUGGACCAAGCAAAGAUUGAAGUCAUCUCAAAGCUUCCCCCACCGAUGAAUGAAAAAGGUAUUAGAAGUUUCUUAGGGCAUGCGGGUUUUUACCGUAGGUUCAUAAGAGAUUUCUCUAAAAUAGCAAAACCCUUAACGACUCUUUUAGUUAAGGAUAAUACCUUUGCUUUUGAUAAAGAGUGUGCUGUAGCGUUUGAAACAAUAAAGCAAAAAUUAGUAUCAGCACCAAUUGUUGUAGCCCCGGACUGGUCUCUACCUUUUGAGAUAAUGUGUGAUGCAAGUGAUAUUGCAGUCGGGGCAGUUCUUGGGCAGCGUCGAGAAAAAAUGUUACAUGUCAUUUAUUAUGCCAGUCAUGUGCUGAACCCCGCACAGAUGAAUUAUGCAACUACUGAAAAGGAGUUGUUAGCUGUAGUGUACGCCUUUGAUAAAUUCAGGCAAUAUCUGCUGGGUUUUAGAGUCAUUGUUUAUACUGACCAUGCUGCUUUGAAGUAUCUUUUUGCUAAAUAG